ACGUCACGUCACUUUUGUUUAUUAAUCGAUCCUAACCUCUAAAAAUUAUUUCGAUAAAAGACUAAAGAAUUAAAAUUUUUUACGUGAAACUUACACAUCAUCAUCUCUAUUUAUAAAAAAUCAAAAAUAUGUCUGGAUACUCAAACGUGAACGAAAGUAACAUGUACUGGACUGACCAAAGACCAAACGAUUCAUAUUACGAUUCAGAAUAUAAUUCACUGCAACAACAACAACUAGAUUUUCAGUCGUUUGACAGUCAACAACAACAGUACUACAAUGAUUCAUAUGCAGCAAGCAAAGUUACUUCAAUUUUAGAACCAAGUUCUAUGGAUUACGGUUACACUGAUGUUAACUAUGCGGAUUCAAACGAAUUUAAUGAACCACCAUUAUUAGAAGAAUUAGAAAUUUUUCCAGAUCGCAUUCUUGAAAAGAUGAUUGCUGUAUUAAAUCCUUUUCGGGGUCACAGUUUGGCGGACGAUUCAGAGUUUUUAACUAAAGGAACAGAUUUGGCUGGACCAUUAUGUUUUUGUAUUAUAUUGGCAAUAUCAUUGUUUGUUUCGGGUAGUAAAGUUUAUUUUGGUUAUAUUUACGGACUAUCUGCUAUGUCUUGCAUAAUGAUGUACUUUUUGUUAUCAUUAAUGACGACUAAUAGUGCAUUUACUUUAACUUGUGUAACUAGUAUUCUGGGAUAUAGCUUGCUACCUAUUGUGGGAUUGUCAUUACUUGGUGUUUUUGUGUCGUUACGUGGGCCUGCUGGAAUUGCAAUGGCUCUAACAUCCGUAUUAUGGGCCAGUUUUUCUGCGUCACGUUUUUUUAUUGCAAUUUCAGGAGAUAAAGAUCAAAGGCCCCUUAUAGCAUACCCUUGUGCUUUGGUAUGUGGUGUUUUUGCUUUGUUAGUAGUAUUUUAAGUGAGAUCCAAAUUUUCUACUGUAUAAUCACUGCUUUUAACAUUUGUAAUUUUGUGAAAUAAAUUAAUAUUGGUAGAUUGGAUCAUUUCUAGCAUAUUUUUCUCUGUUUGUACAAGUGAAACUGUUGACUUGAAACCCAACAGAUCACCUAUACUAUACCUAGCAAUAAAUAAGUCUUAGCACUUUUAGCCUUUUAAAAAAUUCUGUAAACCGAACUAACGUUAUAAUAAAACAAGUAAAAUGGUAUAUUUACUCAA